AUGCCAUGGGUAGCCCCUGGCCGGUGGCUUCUGCCGUCCUGCUUGGGCCGGGUGGAGCGUCGGAGCUGGGGCGCGGUCCGGUGGAUGGCGAGUUGUUGGCAGGUGAGCUCCUGCGGCCGCGUAAAAUCUGCGAAAGGCGAAGUUACUGCUGGUUCGCUGACGUCUGCUGGCUACCGGCGCGUCAUGAUUUUACGGCGUGAGUACUAUGUGCACAGACUUGUAGCCGCCACCUUCCUCGGCCCACCGCCAUCUCUAAAGCAGUGGCAGGUGAAUCACAUUGACAACAACGGUUCUAACAAUAGUGUUGCAAAUCUCCAGUAUGUGAGCCCAACCGAGAAUUUGCAGCACUCUUGGGAUACGAAUUGCGACCGAAGAUCUAAUGCUGCAAAAAUGAGCAAAGCUGUGUUGUGGCGAGCCUGUGGUCACAAUUCUUGGUCUGCUUGCUCAUCACAAAUCGAGGCAGCCAGGAAGUUGGGUGUGGAUGUAUCAUGUGUUUCUCGCUGUCGGCGAGGUCUGACUGCAAGCUGUCGGGGAUCUGAAGGGAGGUAUGAAUUUGCGCCGGCAGAUGGUGCCGAGCCCGACAUUCUGCCGGGCGAAGUGUGGAUGAAUGCGAGAUACCCGGGAGACCAGCACAAUAUUCCGGGACUGAUGGUUAGUGAUCAUGGCCGUAUCCUGGCGACUUCUAGCUACCAUCGAUUGCUUUCGCGAGGGUACGUGUCGCCGCAGGGCUACUGCCGUGUGAAAAAAGCAGGUCGGCACUACCUCGUGCAUCGGCUAGUUGCUGGUACUUUCCUUGGUGAGCCCGAGCUUCCUGUGAUGGAAGUGAACCACAUAGAUGCUAAUCGAUCCAACAACCAUGUGCAGAAUCUCGAGUACGUGACACGAUCUCAGAGCAUGCACCAUGCAUAUGCACUUGCGAAGGCGGCCGGAAGAACGACUGGCAAAGCUGUGCGGGCACGUCGGCAUUCAUCAGACAGCACAUGGCUGGAGUUCAGCUCUGUAAGGUCAUGUGCGUCACAUACUGGAAUUUCUAAGGAUGCCAUCUCCAAGACGUUGAUUGGCCAGUUGGGUCACUGUCGUGUUGGAGCUUGGGAGUUUCGCUUGCCGGCAGAGGAAUGGCCUUGCCUUCCAAACGAAGAGUGGCGCCCAGCAGUCUUUCAUGGUGCUCGCGUGAGCAGACCGAAACAGCUUGAGUCUGCCGACACAUCGCAGUUGUUGAAGCCCUGCUUUGCGGAUUGA